AUGACGAGAGCGCAGGGACUCGCAGUUAAGCUGAGAAACCCGCUCGAGCAGGAGGCGCUAGACCGGAGUGAAACAAACAAGAACUUCACCGCAGCCCAGAGGUCCUGCCGGGAGCAGCACACGGACCUGGCCAGCGUGAGGAACCGGAGCGAGAACGAGGAGAUCCGACUGACGGCGCGGGGUAACUACGUCUGGAUCGGCCUGUUCGUGGAGCCCUGGAAGUGGUUGAGCCCGAGCAACCCCGCUUUCUACAACUGGGCAGACGGCGUCCCUGACAACGCUGCUGGAAACGAGGACUGUGCUUCACUGUUGAUAACGGGCAGCUCCACGGGGUACUGGAGUGACACCGGCUGUGAUCAGAGGCUGCCUUUCUUCUGGUUCAGUGGUGAGUCGAUCGAGGGGUUGACGUGA